AACACCAGGGUUAAACCAAAAGCCAAACAUAGGAUAUAUUUAUCACAGGACGAUAUUUUCAAAAAGAAAUUCCCGCUAACAGCGAGUUUGCCAAACCAUCCUCGUGUAUAGUGAUUACUUAAUAUCAGCAUCAAGGCUUUUACAUUAUUUUAAAUGGUUGCUAGGAGAAAGCUAAUUGAAAUUAUUUUUGUAUUACCCCCCAUAAUAUUCAGUAAACAGUCUACCUUUAUGGACAAUAUGGCUGCAUACAGGAUGGUGUGAAAUGUGUUGUUUGUAAACGAGAUUGAUUAAGUCAAACAUAGACAGGCCAACUGUCUUUGGAUCUUAAAGGUAGAAAUCGAAAAAAAACUAUUUUUGUUGUGUGACAUAAGGAACAGAGGUCUCAGAAUGAGCAAUAUUUACAUUCAAGAGCCUCCAACUAAUGGAAAGGUCCUGUUAAAGACCUCGGCAGGUGACAUUGACAUUGAGUUGUGGUCCAAGGAAGCACCAAAGGCAUGCAGGAACUUUGUACAGCUGUGCAUGGAAGGUUACUACAAUGGAACAAUAUUCCACAGAGUGGUGCCUGACUUUAUUGUACAAGGUGGAGAUCCAACUGGAACAGGGACAGGUGGAGAAUCCAUCUACGGUCGACCAUUCAAGGAUGAAUUCCACUCCAGACUGCGUUUCAUCCGCAGAGGUUUAGUCGCCAUGGCCAAUUCUGGGCCACAUGAUAAUGGCAGUCAGUUCUUCUUCACCUUGGCACGUGCGGAUGAGCUCAACAACAAACACACCAUUUUUGGCAAGGUCACUGGAGACACAAUUUACAAUUUGCUCAGAUUAGUAGAAGUUGCAUGUGACCAAGAUGAAAGACCUCUGAAUCCACACAAAAUCAGAUCCGCUGAGGUGCUUCAUUCACCUUUUGAUGACAUAGUGCCCCGGGAAAAAAAGAAAAACAGAAAGGAAAAAGACAAAGAGGAGGAAAGGAAAUCACAAUUGAAAGCAACAAAGAACUUUAGUCUGUUGUCCUUUGGAGAAGAAGCUGAAGAGGAAGAAGAGAUGGUGAAUCAAGUCAGCCAGACAUUUAAGGGAAAAAGCAAAAGCAGCCAUGACCUUCUGAAAGAUGAUCCCAGACUCAGCUCUGUUCCAGCAGUUGAGAAGAAGAAGAAGAAAAGGCCACCUGGAGAUGCAGCAGAGACAAAUGACGACAAGGUUGACGGCGAUGCUGACAGUGACAUGGACGAAGAUGAAGACUAUGAUUCUGACACAAAAGAGAGGAUGAGGCAGCUUGUCAACCAAAAGUUAAAAUUAGACAAAGAUAGAGAGAAAGCAGCAGAGCCUUUGGAGGAGGAGCGUGGGAAGAAAACCAGCCGCAGUGAGGAGUUACGGAAAGAAGUUCGCCAGUUGAAGAAGGAACUGCAGGCCAUAAAGCAAAAGAAGGAAGAAAAGUCCAAACCUGCAGAAGAUGACAUCAAGGAAGCAGAAAAAACACCAACCACCGAAGCCAUGGCCGAGUACCUGGAGGGAAAAAAGAAAUAUGAAGAACUCAAAAAACAGAAACGGAAGAAGGGCUCAAACAGAGAAGAACAGACACUGGCUCUUCUGAACAGCUUCAAAUCCAAGCUGUCUUCAGCCAUCACUGACGAUCCAGAGGAGGACGUGGAGGAGCUGGCUGAAGACGAUGACAAAGGAUGGAUGGGCCAUGUACUACAGUUUGAUGAGCAAAGCAGAAAAGUCAAAGAUGCCAACAUGCAGGACGAGGACACUUUUGAGAUCUAUGACCCGCGGAACCCCGUCAAUAAACGCAGGAGAGAGGAGAGCAAGAAGAUCAUGAAGGAGAAGAAGGCCAAGAGGUCAUGAGGUCAUGAGGUCAGGCCAGGCCAGGUCCUGCUGCAGCCACAUGAUUGAAAGGACUGUUCUACGGCAACUCGUCCAUCCACUUCAGACUUUCCCUUUCUGGCUGGAACAUCUGGAUCAAGGAUACAGAGAUUAGCACAUACCACCGCUGUAAUCUGUUAGAGAAACGCUCCUUCUUCUUGUGGAGCAACUGCAGCUGGACCACGUCGGGUUCACCUGCAGGUGUCAGCUGUGGUCACAGUAAUGACAAGGUUCUUUAACUGAUGACGUAAUAAUGUUUUCUUCAUUCACUUUUGAUCGUGUACAGAACUUCAGAACCUAAAUGGCGAAAUAAAUGUGUGAAACACAAACGUCAA